GAAGGUAGUAUCCACCACUUAGACGUUGGCAAUGGCGAUGAAAAAAAUUUUGGUUGCUGGAAUUUUUGUUUCGGCCUUCUUGUUGCUGCUCCAGUGUGAAGAAGCUCAUGCAGCAGAAUUCGUUGUAGGGGACGACCAGGGAUGGGGUCCACAAACUAAUGUGUCUCGCUGGCUUGAGGGCAAGAGUUUCAAGGCUGGAGAUGUAUUGAUUUUCCGAUACACUUGUCCAUAUUGCUCAUUUGUCACUGUAAUAAGUGACUAUUAUUACCGGUUAUGCGACGCAUAUAGUGGUUUGAAGAAAUUUUACAAUUCAGGAAACGAUCGUGUAAUAUUAGAUUAUGGUGACAAUUUUUUUGUUCCUAGUUAUCAUGAGUACUGUGAAAAAUUGAAGUUCAAGGUUUUCGCUAACUGAGAGAUAUAUUAGCUUUCCCUCAAAUAAAAAAUCUGCUGA